UAAUACUGACAAGAGCCCCACCCCCGCUCUCCGUGAAGCAGGCGGCAGGUUAGCUUAGCUGAUUCACUCCCCCUACAUUAUUCUUGGGUGGAGCCGCUCUGGAUAUUUUUUGAGGAGAAAGAAAAGUGAACAGCGUACUCCAGCCGUUGGUGCGAUCAGUUUGAUCCUUUUGUCUUUUUCACGGUUUCCAACACCUGAACUUCAGUCAUGUUCGCCUGCGGAUUGAAAUACCCCAGAUGCAGAUGGAUUUUGCCACUGCUGUUGCUUUUCGCAAUCAUUUUUGACAUCAUCGCCAUCGCCGCUACGUCCGGAUGGGUCGAGUCGGCGGCACACUACUCGUCCAUGUGGGAGCAUUGCAGAGAUAUGGGGGGUGAAUACGAGUGCAAGACUCUUAUGGAGUAUGGGUGGGCCCAAGCAACUGCAGCCUUGAUGAUCAUUGGCCUAAUCGUACUCAUCGUUUGCUUCCUCUUGUCCAUCUUCACCUUCUGUUAUGGAAAUUAUAGCUGCUCACAACUUAUUGGCUUCCUGCUGGUUGUUGUAGUCAUUCUCCAGUUCAUCGGGCUGAUUGUCUACGCUGUCAGCUUCAAACAGCUGAUCUACGAAGGCCGUUAUGACUUCACCUGGGCAUAUGGCUUUGGCUGGGGUGCUACAAUCCUCGCGAUUGGCUGCAUCUUUCUUUACUGCUGCUUGCCAAGAUAUGAAGAUUACCUUAGCGAUAAAAAAACCAAAUACUUCUACACAUCAUGGUAAUGGUCCAAAGCCCACCUCCAAGUGUUUCUUGGCUCUCUUCUAAUAGUGACAUCUCACCAUCAAAGAGACACUAAAAUGUUAACAUCACCAUUCAAAGGGAGCCCAACAUAUUUGAUUUUUUUUUCCUAUUUUCCUUUUUGCCAGCAAAUAACAUUGUAUAUUAAAAGAGGGACCUUGAAUUUCAUGGCUUACAUGCGGUAUGUGGUCUAAAUUAAGAUCGGGGCUGAAUGGACUCUACCCAAAGUGCUCCCUUUUUUUGUAUUAUUCCACUGGUGCAUCUGCAACCCUGUCUAGCAGUGGCACACAAGAUGUCUGCAGCUGCAUCAUCUCUAAAUGGAAAGCGGAGAAUAUCUCUGCCUAUUAAGAUCAGCAGUUUUUCAGUGCUGCGAUGUAUUUGGUUAUAAAGAUUUGUGACGAGGUUCCACCUACCGCAUCUAUUUUGUUUUUUGUCACUCCAUGCAAGCUCACAAAUAGUGGUGGCCUCGCCAUUCUGCACACGGACACCAAGGUUCUCUUAACACUUUAAAUGUGCCCUGUUGUGGACCACCUGAGUACUGCAGCAGAAGUUAAAUAUGUGUGUAAAACUGGGUCCAAAUUUUUAUUCCAGAUAAACCCCACUGCCUGCCUAUAUAUCCCCUAUAAUUACACGUUAUAGUUUAAUUUUGUGCGACCAAAUGAAGUAAAGAUGUAUAAGUGAGGCAUCUAAAAAUAUUCCUAGACGUAAGGUGACUGUGGAAUAUAAGCACCUCUUCAAAAUAAAGAGGUUGACUAGAGAUUGAGAUAGCAGUGCUAACAUUCAAGCCAACCUAUCUAUCAGCUUUGGGCACCAGGGAACACCAGUUUAUCUGUUAGGAGUUAAAACCAUGUGUUUGGACCCUUUUGACUUCGACAUUAGGACCUAUUUGUAGUUCUAAUGACAAAUUGACUUUGAGUUUUGGUUAAUGAAUAUGCUUGACUUUCAACAACCUUUCUUCUCCUGAUCCUUUAAAACCAUUUCUGCCAGAAAUUUCAACCGAGAGACACGCAGGUUAGGAUAAUCAACCCCUGCAUGUACCAUACGGUGUACCGGUAUCCCAUCAAGAUGUAGACGUUCUCUCCAUAUUUGCGUUUCUUUUCCCCCACAUCCCAAACAGAUGUUGGCUUGAUAACACUGAGAUGCUUCAGUAUGAACAUUCCCUGUAUUGGAUUAGUGUCCUGUCCAGGGCUGAUUCUUUGUUUUCUAACCAAAGAUUCUUGUGUAGACCCCCAGGCUCACCAAGACCCUGUAAGAGAGAAAGCACUGGUUAAGGUAACCAUACAUUGGUUGGUAAUAGAGGUCUGUGCAAUUGAUUAGUGUCCUGUCAAAGGAUGAUUUAUGUUUUCUACCCAAAGGUUCUAAAAUGGACCCCCAGGCUCAACCAAUACAGUGCUGCAUAAAAAACACUAAAUUGGUUCAGUAUGAACAAUCCCUGGAAUGGGCUAGUGUCUUGCCCAGGGUUGUUUCAUAUUUUCUACCUAAAAAUUUUUAGGUAGACCCCAGGCUCACCAAGACUCCAUGAUGGAAAAAGCAACGCUUGUGUGUUUUUUUUUUUUUUCUUUUUUUUUAAUCAUUGUAAUUGUCAAAGGAAAUUGUACAUAUAUCUAAAAAAGAUCAUUUUAGUGCCUUAUGUCCAGGUAAUAAAACAUGUAAGCAAGAUUAGCUGAGAGUAGGUCUUUGGGACCUCCCUGUCACUGUAGUUACACUGUCCUUGCACUUAACUUUGAAUUAUAUUUUGUCUUUGAACCCAGGGUGAAUGUUUUACUACACUCUUCUGUCUCUUUCAUGCAAUUUUAUUUUGAUUUUAAAAUGUAGAUUAAGGUUUAUAUUAUAAUUUUGCUGCAGGCAGAAUGUUUUAAGAAUUAUCCUUGGGAUCUCGGCGAGCUGCUCAUUUUUAUUAGUGGCUGAAGAGCUUGCCACCUAGUUGGUUUUGGUAGCACUCGACCACAAAAAGUGCCAACAAGUUGGUCAGGUGUACGUGAACAUCGCAGGCUUCUGCAACUAACCUUUCCUUCAGGAUUUUGUUUUCUUUGUUCUGGUGCUGUUUGGCAUGAUAACAACAGAAUGUACCCUUUGAUUAACUUGUCCUGCUUAACUGUUUUUUUUUGUAUUAUUUUUUUUAACUAGAAAUAAACUAUACAUAUGGAAAAAAUGAA